AUGUCCAGCUUCCCACCCGACUCUCACGCCCCAACACCUCCCAUCCUCCCCCCCAAACCAAGCAGCCAAGAGCCCUCCCGCAUCGGCACGCCAGCCUCCGGCGCACCUCUGCCUCCGCCGUCCUCCCUCUCCGAAGCGGGGCAACAAUACCGCGCCGCCAUCCCUGAUCCAGGCGACCAGUGGCUGCCACAAGUCCUCCAGGACAAGUCAAAGCAAGACAUCGCCGACAUUCUCACAAGCCCAGCCCUCCUCAACGCCCUCACCAACUCCCCCUCCUCCAUCCACCCCUCCCUCCUCGCCUCCCACCAAGCCCUCGCCUCCGCCCUCUCCAGCAACACAGACCUCGCCUCCCGCCUCGCAGACCAAGAGUCCCGCCUCGCCAACCAGCGCUCCGCCGCCCAGGCCCAGCUCCUCUCCAUGCACGCCCUCGAGCGCCAGUGGCGCCAGAAGCAAGUCGACAUGGACCACGCCCUCGCCCGCUUCAGCCCCGCCGCGCUCUACCAGCUCCUCGGCCAGAGCGUCCAGGAACAGGGGCUCGUCUGCCAGGCCAUGGAGGAGAGCUUUUUGGAUAGCGACGGCGUUGAUGGCGGGGAGACGUCGGAGAGGGAGGCGGCGGAGUGGAUACGGAGGUAUAGGGAGGCGAAGACGCAGUUUUAUCUGAGACAGGAGCGAAAGGAGCGUUGGGAUGAGGGCCGUGUUGGUGGUUGGAGGUGA